AUGUCUGACAAUGGUGUGCACCUACCCAAGAGUAGAAAUGUCAUCAUCUGUGAAGCAGCCUUUGCAGUAUUCACCCUUUACUUCACUGUGCAAAUCGGAAGAGGAAUCUACAACGAAAGGGGAGGCUUCUUCAGGAAAUACUGGAAUCUGACCGAAUUGGCCCUGAUCAUCAUAUCCUACAUCGGAAUCGCAGCUUAUUUCAUUCGGCUGAUGAUGACGAGCGACAUCUUGAACACAUUUGAAAAGACGCACGGGAACGGAUACAUUCGUAUGGACAAAGUAUUGGCAGUGACGGAAACGUACAGUCAAAUGUUGGCAGGGGUCACAUUCCUGGCCAUGAUCAUCUUCAUCAAGUUGCUGCGCUACAACAAACGGGUUUCAGGCCUGGGUCUCAUGUUCAAGAUCUGCUGGGACGACUUGAUCGGAUUCGCAGUCAUCUUCUUCAUCUUCUUCCUCGCCUUCGUCAGCAUGUUCUACAUGUUUUUCUCGCCGCGAUUGUCCGAGUGGAACACGUACAUCGGAGCAGCCAGCACGUCUUUCUCGAUUCUGCUCGGCAAAUUCGAGUUCGGCUCGAUCCAGGAGACGAACGUCGUGGCGUCCGUCUUCUUCUUCUUCUUCAACAUCGCCAUGUCCAUCAUCAUGAUCAACCUGAUGCUCACGAUCAUCAUCUUGGCAUUCGAGCAAGUCGAGAAGCUGCAGCAAGAGUCUGACCAGGAUUUCCGGGUCACUGCUUUCAUCUGGGCGAGGGCGAAAAUAUAUUUCGGCAUCGGCACCGACGUGAGAACUCAUCAUCAUCAUCCCGCGGAUCCGAAAGACCCGCGACGAAAUGUCACGGAGACUGUCGAGCACUCGAAAAGUGUGCAGGAAUUUCCGGGGAAAAUUGACAAAAUGCUGGACUACCUCACCCACACCACCCAUGAAAUGCAAAUAUGGGGCCAUGAAAAGGACAAGCCACCACCACCCACGACCCCACCCCAUCCCGAUACAAUCGGCACUGUUUUGUCGGGCCUAGUUUUCAACCCGGGACCCUGCUCUGAAAGAAGAAUCUCUCUGAAAGAAAGGAAUAAGAUUAAAACGAUAAAAUUAUGCUUGAAAGAAAAGAAAAAAAACAGUCUCUCUCUCCUGCACAUGCAUCAGAAAGGCGAACACCUACGGAAAUAUUUCCCUGCAAGUCGCGUUUGUCAGUCAAGACGAUCCGAGCCAGAGAGUCUAUUAGCACGCGAA